AGCCCGUUCGCUCUGCAGAACACCGUGACGACCGGCAUCGUCAGCACCGCCCAGAGAGACGGCAAAGAGCUGGGCAUCAGGGACUCUGACAUGGACUACGUCCAGACCGACGCCAUUAUCAACUACGGUAAUUCUGGAGGACCUCUCGUGAACUUGGACGGUGAGGUCAUCGGCAUCAACACCCUGAAGGUGACGGCAGGGAUCUCUUUCGCCAUCCCCUCAGACAGGAUCAGCCGCUUCCUCACGGAGUCGCAGGCCAAACACAGCGAAGAGAAGCUCAGACUGCAGAGACGACGUGUGGAGGAUCCACAGUCGGAUGCAGAGUUAUCACAAGACAACAGAUAUUACAUAGGCAUCAGGAUGAUGACGGUCACCAGAGC